GGUAGAGAGAUGAGAGAAGAGAGACGUUGCAUUUCUGAUUUGGCAAAGCUACAUUUCACAAAACAAACACACAAUCAGCGAGCCAUGGCCGCUUCACCGUCUCAGUCCGAUGCUCAGCCUGCUCUCCUCGCUCCUCCACCGGAAUCCGAGUCUCAGAUCUCUUCCCUCCUUUACGAGAUUUCGCAACAAGUCCAAGCAGAAAUGGAGGACAUGCUCAAGUCGAUCAGGGAAAUUGAUGAAAACUCAGGUCAGAUUACGGAGGAGAUUGACAAGUGCAAGGAGUCUGCGCUGGAGAAGAAGAGAGGCUUAGAGGAAUCCAAAGAACAAGUCGAGAAAGCUGCUUAUGCCGUUCUGCAGAUGCUCAACAACUCCAUACCGUAGCUGUUGUUUUAGGAAGCUGGUACCAGAUAUGUCCAUAGGAGCUGUGUAUCUGAUGAUUCUGAUCUAGAAGUAACUGAAGUGUCUGUCUAUCUGAAGCAUGCAGGAACAUCGAUUCUUGUUUUACUCUGAACUACGUCUUUAGUGGUUUAUAUAAUAUGUUUCCAAUAUAGAAAAGUAACCCGAAUGAAGUUGUUAGAUUCUUUUUGUCAAGUCUUGCACUGGAAUGAGAUACAUUGUAGAUAGUAGCGUUCUUUUGCGAGGUCCUGGUGUCUUAGACCUGACCAUGACGCUGGUUGUUCAUAUGCACAAUCAAGAUUAUGUGUAUGAAGUUUGUUCUGUUUGUGGAUAGAUCAAAAUAUACUGAUCAAUAUUGAACUUGGCACAUCCCUAGCCUUGAUAUGUAAGUUUGGAUUUUG